AUGACACUCCGAAAAGGAGAGAAAAUGACCAUAAGUAUCCAGGAGCACAUGGCCAUUGACGUCUGCCCCGGCCCCAUCAAACCCAUCAAGCAGAUCUCCGACUAUUUCCCCCGCUUCCCCCGCGGGCUCCCCGCCGCCGUCGGCCGCAGCAGCAGCGCCCUGCGCCCCGCUCUCAGCCAGCCCUCGGUCAGCCCCAGCGAGGCACCCCGGGAGGAUGAGGAGGAUGUGGACCAGCUCUUCGGAGCGCACGGAACGACGCCCGCGGAGCAGCCGGCCAAGAGCCAAGCGCCCGAGGAGCUGGUGGACCCCGAGGGCUACGAGUCCGAUGAUUGCACCACGCUGGGGACGCUGGAUUUCAGUUUGCUCUACGACCAGGAGAACAACGCUCUCCACUGCACCAUCAACAAAGCCAAGGGCCUGAAGCCAAUGGACCACAAUGGUUUGGCUGAUCCUUAUGUCAAGCUGCACUUGCUCCCUGGAGCCAGUAAGGCAAACAAGCUGAGAACCAAAACGCUGAGGAACACCCUGAACCCCACCUGGAACGAGACCCUCACCUACUACGGCAUCACCGACGAGGACAUGAUCCGCAAGACGCUGCGGAUCUCGGUGUGUGACGAGGACAAAUUCCGCCACAACGAGUUCAUCGGGGAGACGCGCAUCCCGCUCAAGAAACUGAAACCCAACCAGACCAAAAACUUCAACAUCUGCCUGGAGAAGCAGCUGCCGAUAGAUAAAACAGAGGACAAGUCGCUGGAGGAGCGUGGCAGGAUCCUCAUCUCGCUCAAGUACAGCUCUCAGAAGCAGGGGCUGCAGGUGGGCAUCCUGCGCUGUGCCCACCUGGCUGCCAUGGAUGCCAACGGCUACUCCGACCCCUACGUCAAAAUAUACUUGAAACCAGAUGAGGACAAGAAAUCCAAGCACAAGACAGCAGUGAAGAAGAAAACGCUGAACCCCGAGUUCAAUGAGGAGUUUUUCUAUGAGAUAAAGCACGGUGACCUGGCCAAGAAGACUUUAGAAGUCACCGUGUGGGACUAUGAUAUCGGGAAAUCCAACGACUUCAUAGGCGGAGUCGUGUUAGGAAUUAAUGCCAAAGGGGAGCGGCUCAAGCACUGGUUCGACUGCCUGAAAAACAAGGACAAGAAAAUCGAGCGCUGGCACACGCUGACCAACGAGCUGCCGGGCGCCGUCCUCAGCGACUGAGCCCCGCAGGGUCCCA